GUCAGUGUCGCGUGGUGAAGACACCCACAGAAGUCCGAAGAUGCCACUUUACUAGAUGUGUGUUUUCCGGCGAGACUUGCCGGAAUCCUCUGACAAAGGCGCUCCGGUUUGAGUUCCGCAAGUUCAGCAACAGGAUGAAGCGGUUUCAACUUUGGCUGGCCGUUUCGUUGCUAACCAAGUUUGAAACCAGUUCAGGUGUGUCCCUCAAACAAUCUUCCAGGGCGCCGCAAAUCAACAAUCACCAGAACAUUUCGACGCUCCUCGAUAAUCUGCUCCGGGGAUACGAUAACAGCAUCAGGCCGGACUUUGGCGGCCCGCCCGCAAUCGUCGAAGUUGAUAUCAUGGUGCGCAGCAUGGGCCCAAUCUCCGAAGUCGAUAUGACGUAUUCGAUGGAUUGCUACUUCCGUCAAUCUUGGGUGGAUCGACGAUUGGCCUUCCCCGGGGACACGAACGACACUUUGGCUUUGAGUAUCUCGAUGCUCGGGAGGAUUUGGAAGCCCGACACUUAUUUUUACAACGGAAAGCAGUCGUAUUUGCACACUAUAACGACCCCGAACAAGUUCGUUAGGCUGUAUCAGGACGGCAGGGUGCUGUAUUCGUCUAGAUUGACGAUUAAAGCUGGAUGUCCUAUGAAUUUGGAGGACUUUCCGAUGGAUAUCCAGAGGUGCCCGCUCAAGUUCGGCUCGUUCGGAUACACAGCUCAGGACGUCCUGUACCGGUGGAACAAAGCCAGACAGGUGGCCAUCGCCGACGACAUGAAACUGUCACAGUUCGACCUGAUCGCGACCCCCGCAGCUAACCACACCGACACCAUCGUCAACAGCGAUACCAAAUCAGGUGUUCGCCUUGUUGACACCUUUGAGAUUACUGAAUAUUCAAUGCUUCUUGUCAGUUUCCACUUGCAACGGCAUAUGGGAAACUUUCUCAUUCAGGUGUACGGCCCUUGCGUCCUCCUCGUCGUGCUUUCCUGGGUCUCGUUCUGGCUCAACAGGGAGGCCACGGCGGACAGAGUGUCCCUAGGUAUCACGACCGUCUUAACCAUGACGUUCCUGGGUCUGGAAGCCAGGACGGACCUCCCCAAAGUCCCCUACCCCACAGCGCUCGACUUCUUCGUGUUCCUGUCGUUUGCGUUCAUUUUCGCUACUAUUAUCCAGUUCGCUGUGGUCCACUACUUCACGAAAUACGGUUCCGGGGAGUGCUACUUCAGCUCGGAUUUCAGUUCCGAUUCCAGCAGCGACGAGGAGGAUUGGAUUGAAACCACAGACAACGCGCCGAAGGACGCCACCUCGCACGUGUCCGGUUCCCCUGUUUGCAAGAGCUCGAAUUUCGACAGCUCGAACGGCGGCGAUCCGCAUUUCGUCGAAGUAAUUCCGCUGUCGGCGUGUUCCAUUCCGGUGGCUUCGAUGAGGCGGACGUCGCAGCCUUGGAGCAAUCUCUCCUGCAUCAGCAGAUCCCAAGAAGAAAAGAACUUCGUGCCGAGUCCGGCCAAGUCCGCCGGAAGCCAGAAGUCGCCGUGUCAGAACCAACGCCACAGGAAAAAGAAGAAGAAAAGAACGCCCCGGUUUAACUCCGUCUCGAAAAUUGAUCGCGCAUCCAGGGUAGUCUUCCCCGUCCUGUUUGUUACCAUUAACUUGUUUUACUGGUAUUCGUACCUGUCGAGGACCAAGCGCAUUCAGAAUCUGAGCGUUAAGUAAAUAACUGUCAUAGCUGUGAUGUUCUGCUUAAUUGGUGUCAUAGUUCCUGUUUUUUUCGGUUUGGUUUUAUUUCGUGAGGGGUGGAAUAGCUACGUGAAACUGCCAAAUUUAUGUCGCGGGGGAGGGACUUGAUGAUUUCGGGAAAUUACUGCGGAACCAAAUCAUUAUGUAGCGAUUUAUUAUUGUACGAUAAUAAAACUAUAUUGUCGUUUAUUAUUAUUAUUAUUAUUAGACAGGAGGAAUUAUAUUUAUUGUUGUUAUUUGUUGAAAAGUCUAUAGUGUUAGAGAUAAUAAAUUACCUAUAAUUUUUUUCGUAAG